UUUUGGAAAGCAGGCAUACAUUAUGACCGAUCGUCAUGUAGUGGUCGGCUCGGGGCAGUUCCGUUUUGCCAAGCAGUGCUUAGCGUGUAGUACGAGCGUACGGCCGGACGAGGAAUGUCCGAGUUGAGCAAAUGUUUUUACGAGGUGACGGCCGGUCGCUCCUGCCGGGACCUGUGCCAUCCGGAGUACGCCACCUGCUGGCAGUCGUUCGUUGGGGUUACGAAAACGCUCCUACCGGGAAGCUACAAGCUGUAUUUAACACUGCUCGUGAUCCCUCCACUGGUGAAAGGCGGUGGCUAUACGGCGGAGUAUUGGAAAAACCACAUCCUUGGCUAUGCGUCCAUCUCGUUCAAAACCUACGUUCUAGCGAUCAGCGGACUGACCCUGCAGUGUUUGCUCUACAAACUCUUCGGCAAGCUGCACUACUACUGCCUGAUGGGUGUGCCGGGUGUGGUUAGUGCGGCGCUCGUACCAAAGCUACCGAAAGUGCACCUCCGGCUGCAGGGCAUCACCUACUUCAACAUGAUGCUCGAGGUGAUGAUCAAGAAGAGCCGGUGCCGCUGGCUGGCGUACUUGCGCCAGUCGACGCCGUGGGCGACGGUCGCUUUUAUGCUGUGCAGCGCCAAGAUAAUGGCCGUGCUGCGCGCCGAAACGGUCAACCAGUUUUGGAUCAUGUAUCCGGCCACACCGAAGGACGCUAGGAAAGGCUCCAAUGCGACGCCGGUACCGUGUCUGCAUGAUGGGAAGUGCAGUUUCUACGUGAGCGAUGCCAUGUGGAAGUAUGCGCUCGCCGGGUUUACCAUCGAGGCGGCACGGGCGCUCCUAUCCAAGGGAACACUGGUGUACCGAGAACCGGCACGGUUUCUUACCGAGAUGCGUUCGGCCGUUGGGGUGGCAUUGCCACUCUUUUUGGCGCUGUACGUUGGGAGCUACCGAUCGCUGAGUUGUGUGAUGGCUCGCCUAAGCGGCCGCGAGCAUCCGGGCCAGGCGAGGGUGGCCGGGUUGGUCAGCGGUGUAUGCUACCUGCUCUACCCGAAGUACCAAAUAUUCACGCUCGCGUUUACCAAGUUCGUCGAGAUGUCCUGGGAGCAUUACCUCAACACGGCUAAGAGCAGGCCCCGCUUGGUGGCGCUUCUGCAGCGCGUUCCCUUCCUGCGCCUCGUGCACAUGCUUUCCAUCGGGUACAUGUACCACGCGCUGGUGUUUCACCCGCAUCUCUCGCCCGCGUUCAACUCGAAGUGCGUCAACUACUGCUCGGGCUACCGUGUGGAGCGCACCAAACGGCGGCUCGUCGGUUGGAUGCUCGAGCACGCCUGGAACAGCUGA